AUGGAGGACAUCGCCACACUUCAGCCACACCGUAUCCGUGCCACAACGAAUGUUAGAGAAGUCCCUACAUUAGCUAUUGAGCUUACCAAAGAACCUACAACAGCUGCCCCUUCCAAGGAGCGAAUAUAUGUGCCUCAAAUUCCUUUUCCGCAAAGACUACAAAAGCACAAGAGAGAUCAACAAACAAUGGAUAUUCUGGAAUUGUUUAGAAAUAUUCAAAUAAACAUUCCAUUGUUUGAUGAAGUGAAGCAAAUCCCAACUUAUGCUAUGUUCCUCAAGGAUGUUUGCACAAACAAGCGAAAGUUUGCUACACAUGAGAAAGUGAUGUUGUCUAAGGAAUGCAGUGCAGUUCUCCAUAAGAAAUUGCCAUCAAAACCUAAGGAUCCAGGGAGUUUUACAAUUUCUUGCAGUAUUGAAAAUUUACAUAUUGAAAAGGCUUUAAUUGAUUUGGGUGCACAUAUACUAAUCAAAGUGGAUCAAUUUGUGCUUCCAGCGAAUUUUAUCAUCCUUGACGUGGAGGAAGAUAGAGAAAUUCCCAUCAUUAUGGGACGUCCUUUUUUGGCUACUGCUGUCACCAUCAUUGAUGUGAAGAAAGGUUUAUUGUCCAUGACUGUGCAAAGCCAAACUAUUGAGUUCAAGGUGUUUGAGGCCAUUAAGAAGCCCAUGGACAUGGACGUGUGUUUCUAUGUAGAUGUCAUUGAUACUAUUGCCCACACCACUUUCCUAGCUAAUGUAAAUGAGGAUGAACUUCUCACAUGCCUAGCCAACCCGAAGCUAAGAUCAUAUUCCAAUGAGGCCCAACACCUUGUAGCAACUUUGGAUUCGGCACCUAUUUAG